AUGCAGUCGCACAAGCCCUCGGUCGUUGUUCCAGACGUUCUUUGGCUCAAUGCCAAAACUCCCACCAACUUCAAAUGGACCCCCGACUAUGAGCAAAAGAGUAUCAUUGCUGUCCGAGCUCAACAUUAUUCAGCAAAAAGGCGGGUGGAACAUGCUUCGUCACUGUUUGAGCUGCAAAAAUAUGGUCCACAGCUUCUGCCUGAACGAACCUCUUAUGGGCGGAACCCUUUUGAAGCACAGGGAAAAGCGCCAUCAGAAACCAGCCAGACAAAGGAUACAGACGAGCACCAUGUUCUUGAGGGAAAGAGGCGCAGACUCUUCCAUCGCAAAGCCAUCAAGAGGCCCCGUCAGUCACAACAACGUGCACACUCGACAAGAGCCAUCGGAGUUUCGUCCGUCGGCAAGGGCGGGUCACUGUCAAAGCUUCUCCGGGGAGGAAACAGCGACCCAUUUUCUUCGACACCUAUUCCUCUAUCCGCACUGAGGUAUAGUGUAAUAUCAAUAAUCCAACCAAUAUCUUUGAGGACAAUUUGGGCAGGUGAAGUUGGGACACCGAAUGCGGUCAGAGUCUUGAUACCUGCACAGAAGAGAGUUUACGAGACGGACUUGAACCACGAAGCCGUGAUGCAUGCUCUAUUUGCGUACCGCUGGUCAGUCAUGGGUCAUCUGCAUCCUCAUAACAAGGACCUAUAUUACCGCUACGCACUUGACCAUGAAGUCCGGGGCAUCCGUGGGUUGCAGCCACUUGUCACAUCGGAAUCCGACACAAGUGAGGAGCUCAAUGUUGCUGUGCGGGUCGUCCUGUUAUUUUGCUGUGCAUCCGUGUUCAGAUCCCGCCUUGAUGCACUCUUUUUGCACCUGAAUGGGUUGAAGCAGCUCAUCCAAUCCAUGGGAGGGGUUGACAGGCUUCACUGGAUAAGAAAGGAGAUCGCCACUAUCUUGUUGUCAGGGCUGCUGCAACUACACCCACACAUACAGUUCUCGACCCUUCAAGCUGGGAUCCUGGAUGGUGGUGGGAUAGGGGUCAUUGUGACCAGCCGGGAGAUCUACUGA